AUGGCGCCGCUGUUCACGUCCGCGAGGGAGGGCGACGAGGGGUACGAGCGGAGCGCGGGCGUCGCGCGGCGGAUGGGGAUGGCGACGGAGGAGGGCGAAGGGCGCGGGGCGCGGAGGAGGAGGAGGAGGAGGAGGAGGAGGGAGGAAAAGAUCGCGCUGAUCGAUCGCGAAGCCGGGAAAAAAGUCGUCGUCGGGGUGGGCGCGGCGUCGAGCGUGCUCGCGCUCGAGAGCGUCUUCGUCGCGCUGAGACGCGCGCUCGAGGACGGGAACGUGUAG